AACCCUUUGCUCUGGAUCACUUUACUGUCGACGACUACGGCCAGACAGUAUGCCUUCGCCAGAAGAAGCAAGCACGUCGACCACACCACCAGAAACCUUCAAAGAACUGGGACUCAUAGAUCCUUUACUGGAAGCCCUAGAUAAGAUCAACUUCACAAAACCUACUGAGAUUCAGCAACAAGCACUUCCUCAUGCAUUAGAAGGUCGAGAUAUCAUUGGUGUGGCGGAAACUGGAUCAGGAAAAACUGCAGCGUUCGCACUUCCCAUCUUACAAAAACUUUGGGACGAGCCAAAAGGAUUGUUUGCGUGCAUUCUUGCACCGACCCGCGAACUUGCAUAUCAGAUAGCGCAGCAGUUUGAGAGUCUGGGUUCCGCCAUGGGGGUACGGUCCUUGGUUCUUGUCGGGGGAAUGGAUAGGAUGCAACAGGCUGUUGGCCUUGCUAAGCGGCCUCAUAUCAUAGUGGCAACCCCCGGUCGUUUGAACGAUCAUCUUCAGAACACGAAGGGGUUCAGCCUAAGAAGCUUGAAAUUCUUGGUUAUGGAUGAAGCAGACCGUCUUCUCGACAUGGAUUUCGGUCCUGAAAUAGACCAGAUUCUCAAAGUCAUACCCAAGGAGCGCACAACGUACCUGUUCUCCGCUACCAUGACCACCAAAGUUGCGAAGCUACAGCGAGCCAGUCUAGUAAACCCUAUCCGGGUUGAAGUUUCUUCAAAAUACCAGACCGUGUCCACCUUGCUGCAAUAUUAUCUACUCGUCCCCUUGGUUCAUAAAGAUGUGCAUCUCAUAUAUCUCGCCAACCAUCUUGCAUCGAACUCCAUCAUGAUAUUCACCCGGACAGUGCAUGAUGCCCAACGACUGUCAAUCAUGUUACGAUCGCUUGGCUUUCCUGCAGUUCCAUUGCACGGUCAGCUGAGCCAAAGCCAACGCUUAGGCGCUCUGGGCAAGUUCAAGAGCGGAGACCGCAAGUUGCUCGUGGCGACUGACGUGGCUAGCCGUCGCUCUUCUUACAGUGGUCUUGAUCUGCCUUCUGUUGACAUUGUCAUCAACUUCGAUAUUCCAACCCAUUCCAAGGACUAUAUUCACCGCGUUGGACGUACUGCGCGAGCAGGUCGAUCUGGAAAAUCGAUUACAAUGGUGACGCAAUACGAUGUGGAACUCGUCCAACGAAUAGAAAAGGUUAUAGACAAGAAAAUGGAACUUUGGCCAACAGACAAGGAAGAAGUAAUGUUGCUGAAAGAACGUGUGGAUGAGGCUGCCCGCUUGGCCAUCAAUGAGCUCAAGGAAGAAGCUAAAGCAGGUGGAAAGAAACGCAAACGUGAGGAUGGCGUUGGAAGGGACGAGAGAGAUCGUGAUGAUGAUGUCGUGGAGGCAGGUGUCCCGAAAAAGAGACAUUCAAAAAAGGGGCGAUAG